CGAAAGUGACAAGGAAAGGAGAAAGAAGUGGCUGGCAGCCACUCACUGUCCAACUCAUGCAAGGCUUUAAAGAGAAUUAAGAUGAAAGUUUAUUUUAUGUCAACAAACUGAAAUGCUAAUAUAUUUGAAACUUUCGAAAGAUCUAUCGUUAAAAAAAAUUAUAUGAAAUUAGCCCAAUUUUAUAAUUAGUCAUAAAAGUAAAAAAUAACUACAAAAAUAGCCAAAAUUUAGCAAGUAGCUCCAAACGGAAGCCAAGUACGUCGCUCUAAGUGAGAUUAGGAAGGUAAGUUACGUAUAUCCAGUAAAAAGAUAAAAACCUGGAAGAAAGAAGAAAACUCUUAAUUGUAAACUUUGUCUAAAACAGGGGGGGCGCUUAUUGAAUCAUACGUCUGGUAAUGCACUACGGCCUACUUAAGACGCGCGCGCUCUCUCUCUUUCGUCUAGAGCGGUUAUUACCCUAUCACAAGAAAAUAUACCUUUUUUGUAUUACGCAGUACUCAUAGUCAUUAAAGGCAUCAUUUAAGGGCAUGCUCUUGAAUAUCUUGUAUGUGCUGGCAACACGAUUAUAAGAACACCCUAAGUGAGAAAUCCACAGUCCACAACCAAACUCCCACUCAGUUGUUCUUCACACCAAACAAAUUGUGUGACCUUGGAGGCAGUCACUCACAAGACACAAACUUCGAUGCACCUCAAUACUUAUGCUGAGUGCAAUGUAGUCUGUAUCCGUCAUUGUAUUUAUAUACCGUGUGAUUAUCGGUUUAAUGCCGUCUUAAUUGAAAAACCAAAGUCGUCCGACAGUAGCGAAAGAUUAAAUGGUAUUUUUUCGUGGUGAAAUAGGAUCAACUUGGGCAUGGGCAGGCAGCCUCGUCACGUUCAAUGGAGAAAGGACUGGUGCCGGUUGACCGUCAGUUUGAUGGGGCGCCUAUUGAUCUACCCCUGAUUCACCGCUAGUACUAUAAGAGAAGCACCUCAUAUGAAACACGUGCCAGUCGCCGGUCCCCUUGUCUGGAGCAAUCCGGUCGUCACACGAGGGUUCCAGUAUACGAGAGGUCUCUUUAGUCUUCGUCGACUCGACAAGAUGAUCCCUCGUGUAGGGGUAUUUUUGUUGAUCAUCAUCCAAGUGGUCGUAGCUACAACUGCUCGAGAGAUCUCGCUGAAUUCCUUUAGCCGAAGAAUUGCGCUCAUGAAGGAUGACAGAGAAAGAGAGACCAUUUUACUUUUCGAAGAAAUCGCCAGACACUUCACGCCGACUUGCCUCAAGAUACUUGUCGGGGAUACGCCCAACUAUGCCAGUAGAUGGAACGACCCUUUGGUCCUGUUGCACUCUUCAGGGAAUGAAACGGAGAAGGCAGUCAGUUUCAUUAACAAAAACACCGAGAAAAUGACGAAUUACCCUUGUGUGAUCUACAUGAUAACGUACAACCCGUCCGUCACUGUCAUGAAUGAAAUGCUUGACCUCAACGACAAGGUCAUAACCCGGUACUUUUUCGUCUCCACGCCAUCUCAGAGAGGGGCUCAUGCCUUCCUACUGGACAAGAAACUUGCUAACGAAGAAAACUUGGCGGCUGUCGUGAAAUUAAGUAACUCGACUAAUUCCUGGAACGUGUUUACAAGGCAAUUGCUACACCCGUCUGGGGCACCGAUGGUCAUACAUGCCAAUGUCUGGAACCCAGAGCGAGGUUUCAAGAAGGAAAAGGACAUGUUUCCAGAGCAGAUGGGUAACUUCUACGGCAAGACUUUGAAGGGCGUCACUCUUGACUUUCAACCGUUUACGGAUUACAGAAUCAUUAAGGGGUCUAAGAAAGUUGAUCCAUCGCCCAGCCUAGACGUCUUCAUUCUGAAUAUGAUUGCUCGCCACCUGAACUUCACCUACGAACUGGUGAUGCCAGAUGAUGGUCUCUGGGGGACGCUGGAUGCUUCUAAGGGUCACUGGUCUGGUGUUGUUGGAGAUGUACAAUUUCGUCGGGCAGACUUCUCUUUGUGUUUGUCGGUUACCCAGGAGCGUCGACGGUCUGUGGAUUUCACCAGGGUGUACUUCAUGGACCCACUCAGUUUUGUGACAGCCAAAAACCGUCCUCAGCCGCUAUGGUUAAAGCUCAUAACCCCUUUCAGUGAUACCGUAUGGCUGCUGACGGUGAUUUUGGUUGUCCUGACUGUGUUCCUUUACUACUUCGUCUUCUUUAUUCAAUCGUUUCUUGGUCCUCACAAAAUCGGACUGUCCAGCGCUUUCAUGUAUGUGGUGGGGUCCUUCCUUGGUCAAGCGCUCAUUAUGCCACAGCUGACUGCAGGACAGGUACUCCUUGGAUUCUGGUUUAUUUACGGCUUUCUCUUGACCACUUACUACAAGACAGCCUUGACAGCCACCCUCGCUGUGCCCAGUGUGCCUCCCACGAUUGACACGCUGUCCCAGCUUCUGAAGUCAGACCUCAAGUAUGGGAUGAUUGACGCCAAGGGUUCUGAGUACCAGUUAUUUUCGACCUCAAAUGUCACCCUCUACAUGGAGCUCUUCAAGCACAUGACAUUCUAUUCUUCUGACGAGAGUAUGCGCAGAGUAGCCGAAGGCAGGUACGCUUACAUUUACUUCCGCAGUAACCUUCAGACCAUCGUCAAUACUCAAUUCACAACUAAAAACGGGGAAACCAACCUCCACAUUUCUAGCGAAGAGUUUUUCCCGGGAGGUUACGGCUGGGCCUUUCCGAAGGGCGCACCUUACCGAAGGACAUUUGACAACGGCAUGUUGAGGUGUUUGCAGGCUGGCCUCAUUGCCAAGUGGUUGAAGGACUUGUAUCGCAUUUAUCUGGCGGAGCAUCACCUCCUGAUGACCCCGGACGAUGCUAAAAAAACAGAUGAAAUAUCGUCGACUGACUCGAAGGAUGUAUUAGUCGUAUUGAAUCUUAAUCACUUCCAAGGAGCUUUCUUUGCGAUGUUCUUCGGCUUUGGCUUUGGGUUGAUACUUCUUGGCGCGGAGGUCGUGAUGUGGAAAGUAGUCGCAUCUCCACAGACAUCCUUCUGACCAGAGUUUGGAGAGAGAGAGAUCUUCCCAUUCAGUAGAAAAUAUAAAGACAAAUAAGUAAUAGGUUUAAUCAUCUCUACCUGUUUCACUUUGUCGCAGUUAUAUCUUGGAGAAAAAAUAAAACAAGAAUUUUAUUGUUGCACUACCCAUGAAUUUUAUUGUUGCACCACCUAUGAAUGUUUUCUGUAAUUUUUUUUUUAUAUUCUUUUUAAACAAAUCACUUGACAGUAGGUCUCCUUCAAUGCACCCAGCUAAUAAAAAUACUUGUUACUGAUAACUCAGUUUUUGAAAGUGUAUGUAUAGAAGCAAUCGAUGUGAAUGAUCAGUGUCAUCUAGAAAACGGUUUAAUUCAUCCAGAGAAAGGACUAUCAAAUUUCAUACAUAUUUCUUUGAUCUUCCUGUCAUAAUAACUGCAAGUGCUGCUAAGCCAUCGGGAUUUAGGAAGAAGGAAAAACAGAAAAUCAUUAGUUGAGGACUACGAUUACCUGACCGCUUGUAAAAUAAAAAUUAAGUUUUUUGGCUGAUUAGUAAUUAAACGUUCGUAAUCUAUAAAAUUAUUUAGACUAUUAACCGUUAGAUUUUAUUACUUUUGUUGUUCUAUCAGUAAUUGGAAUUAUUUAUACUUUCGGUUAAAGAGAGAUGUGUUAUCUAAGUGGGACACACAUUGCUUUCUAUUUUGAAACAAUUGGUUUCAAAGUUACUAAUCUCAUCUACACACCAGGCCAAUUAAUAACGACGUUAUUAUUGCGUCGCGAUAGGCAAUUUGCUUUGAGAAGCCUGUCUUAAUUAAACUCGGUCUACCAUUUUCAACAUAGAAAACGAGUCAGCUAGAGAGAACGAUUUUAAGGGGGUAACCAUUUUAAAGUUCCUAGUGAACUUCUCAAACUUAUAAAUAGGAGAAUAAAACAUAAUCCAUCAUCGUCGUUCAUGUUCCCUAUAUAGUAAAGUGUCUUUAAUUGUUUAGAAUGAUAAAGCAAUGUUUCUUUUACUACGUGAUUUUGAUGUUACACACCACGCAGCG